UUGGCUGCUGCUGCCGCUGCCGCGGCGAGCUGGCCGGCUGCUGCUGAUGAAGUGAUGCUGGCUGCCGGGACCCGGGCGGCAGCAGCGGCAGGACCAGGACCAGCUGUGGGAGCCCAGCUGAACCCUACGUGCCGCCAGCCGGGCGAAGACAGCAAAGCCAGCUGGUUUAUCAAUAUGCAACCAGCACUUGUUCGAUACAAGGUGGAGAAGGCAAGAUGAAAAAUGGCACAGAAUGAAGAAUUCUGAAAUUAUGGGCAUGGCACAGCUAAGCAAAGAAGAACAAGUAAUGAAGGGAGAAAAACGGAACAUUGUCUAAGUCAGAUUAUGCACUUCAAAAUAAUACCAUAAAGGAUCAUCAGUUAUUGACUACUGUUUGGGGACCUUACAUAGAUUCCACUCCUUGCUGCUUUUUUAUAAGAGAGAAAUGAAAAUUUCAAGAAAUAGAAGCUGCUACUAUACAAAGAAAGAAAGAAAAAAGCCUCUUCAGGGUUAAUAUCCUCCAUCUGAGAUCCAUGAACAAUUACACAGUUAUUUUUCUAUAUCGAACUUUAAGGUUUGUUAAUAAUAUGCUGCCUUUGCAGGACACAGAGAUGCUAAUGGUAAGAAGGCUAUUUAUUCACUAUACUGAAUAGAGGAGCUACAGAAACAAUGGCUUCAAAGGUCUCAUGUUUAUAUGUUCUGACAGUAGUUUGUUGGGCAAGUGCUCUUUGGUAUUUAAGUAUAACUCGUCCUACUUCUUCCUACACUGGCCACAGACACUUCAAUACCAUAUCGAUAGCCAGGAAAAAUGUCUCCUUUGGUAAUAUAAGAACUCGACCUAUAAAUCCACAUUCAUUUGAUUUCCUUAUAAAUGAGCCUAAUAAGUGUGAGGAAAGCAUCCCUUUCCUAGUCAUUUUGAUCAGCACGACUCACAAAGAAUUUGAUGCAAGACAAGCAAUUCGAGAGACUUGGGGAGACGAAAACAACUUUAAAGGCAUUAAAAUUGCCACUCUCUUCCUUCUUGGGAAGAAUGCAGAUCCUGUAUUAAAUCAGAUGGUAGAGCAAGAAAGUCAAAUUUUUCAUGACAUUAUUGUUGAGGACUUCAUUGACUCUUAUCAUAACCUUACUCUUAAAACGUUAAUGGGUAUGAAGUGGGUGGCCACAUUUUGUUCAAAAGCAAAGUACGUUAUGAAGACAGACAGUGAUAUUUUUGUAAAUAUGGAUAACCUUAUUUAUAAACUUCUCAAACCCAAUACCAAGCCAAGGAGAAGGUACUUUACUGGUUAUGUCAUCAAUGGAGGACCAAUAAGGGAUGUCCGCAGUAAAUGGUACAUGCCCAGAGAUUUGUACCCUGACAGCAAUUAUCCACCUUUCUGUUCAGGCACUGGCUACAUUUUUUCAGCUGACGUAGCAGAACUGAUUUACAAAACCUCCCUCCAUACCAGACUUCUUCAUCUGGAAGAUGUAUAUGUGGGACUCUGUCUUCGGAAGCUUGGCAUUCACCCCUUCCAGAACAGUGGUUUCAAUCACUGGAAGAUGGCCUACAGCUUGUGUAGAUAUCGCAGAGUGAUCACAGUGCAUCAGAUAACUCCAGAAGAAAUGCACAGAAUUUGGAAUGACAUGUCAAGCAAGAAGCAUCUCAGAUGUUAAGAUUUUUACAGAUGUAAAUACUUUUUUUAUUAUUUGGGCAGAAAGGAAUCGGAUAAUUUAUAGGAAAAUUAACUUUGAGGAGGGUUUUAAUAACUGAUUUUGCAUUCUUGUCUUGACUCCUGGUUUGCACUCUUCAGACUCUAUUCAUAAAAGACUUUACACAACUUAAAGGGGCCAGAGUCAAAUCUCAGAGUCAUUGCUCCCUAUAACAACAUUUUAAAAAAUCAGCUCUUGCACCUGUAUGUAUAAGAACAGUAGUAGCUAACCAGAGCUGCAUAACAAUUCAUGCCCAUAAAUCUGAGAUGAAAGUCUGGCCCUAAAAAAUGAAGAAUCAUGUUAACAUCUUUAUCUCAUCCUCACAAGCUAUAAGUGUCUUUUUUUUGGGCUCUAUUCAUAAAUAUACACACAAAUAUUAAAAAAAUAUACUAAGUGUGUGCAUUUACAGCUUGAGUGCUGUCUUUGCACUGAUUUUAUACACCCGUAUUGCCAUGUACAUUUUACUGUACAGUAUGUGCAGUUUAAAAAUCAGUUUAUUGCUGGCAGAAAGGCAGAAUUUAAACAAGUGUGAAUAUAACAUUGAAAAUCAAAAUACUGUAGGUCUUAGAAACAUUACCUGCCCAAAGAUAAAAAAUGCCGCCUUUUGGGGGCUUGUAUAUGUAGAUUUAAUAAAACCACAUAAUUCCCCCUGACUAAAAGAGCCCUAUCAAAUAUAAUCUUAGAAUGAAAUAUAAUUUGUUGUGAAAUACAAGAAGAAAAUGUGUGCAACAAAAACUAAAAAUCAAAUCAAAUGUGUAUUCAGGAUAAAGGUACUUAACGUACUUUAACAUUUUCUUUUUAAAACAAGUGCAGCAUAUCUCCUUAGUACUACUUAGGACUUGUAGAGAUAUAUAUGCACUAACAGUAAUACUAUUUUGGUACAGUAUUAUUGGACUAGACAGUAUUAUCACCAAUGGAAUUUUCAUAAAUUAUAGUGUCUGCCAUAGCAAAUAUGUAAUUUUAUUGAAUUGAAUGGAAUUUUAUUGAAUUGAAUGGAAAAUAUCAGUAAAACAAUCCUUUCUUACUGUCUUACUGACUAGAAGCAAGUUUACCAUCUCCACAUCACUCAGUAUAUCAUUAAAAUUAAACACAACAUAUGGUACUUAAAGCAUUUUGCUUUCUUAGAGGUAAAUUCUGCUUUUUACCACAGUGCACCCAUUACAUUGUAAUUACUCAAGAUUUAUACCAGUGAAGCAGAGGAGAAUUUGGACAACACAAAAAAUAUUUAGUCAAUUCCUUCUUGGGCAACAGAAGGAAAGUAUAAUAGCAGUUAUGUGGAUCUCUCAAGGGGAGAACAGAUCUUCACAGCAAAAUCAAGAAUAUUUAGAAGCAACAUGUACAUAAACCAAAUUCUAGUCUUUGUUUCAUACGUGGAGCUACCAGCGAAGUCAUUAUUAAACCAAGAAGUCACUGAGGCCCAAUUCAGGAAAGCAUCUCAACUCAGGACAGCUCUUAAGCACACACUUAACUUUAAGUAUGGGAUUGAAGUCAAUGGGGCUCAAGAACAUUCUUCAAUGUUAAGUCCAUUCUUAAGUACUUUCCUGAAUCAGGGCCUGGGAGCUGGGCACACAGAUUCCAGGGCAGAAUUUGGUCUUCAGACUACAAAACAUGUGACUGCAUAAUUUAAAUUUUCCCCUCUAGGUACAAAUACCUUUCCCCUUUAGGAUUCCCUUUCCUUCCCUGGCCUCUUCCUACAGCAUAACCUGCUUCCUCAUGCUUGCUCUUCUCUACUCCCGUCUCAGGCCUGUGCAUAUAAUGAGAGGACAAUAGAUCUCAGAAGCACAUCUCUCCAACCUUUAUGGAUACUAGUGGAGCAAGAUUACUGAAAAAUAUUUUUUGUUUGAAUCAUUAAAGCAAUGUACUUUCACUGCCUUCACACAAGUGUGCUUUCUGUUAAUAUUCUUGCAAGAUGUUCACUGGAACAAACAUUUAAACAAAUAGUAUAGAGUAUAGUAUAGUAGAGAAAUUGAAUUUUCACCUAGUAAACAUGACAAUUCUCACUCACAUCUGAUAGUAACAGAUAUGCUCAUUCAUCCAGGUGACCUAAAUGUCCAAUCAAAACUACUCAGAUUUCAAAUAUUAAAUAUUUACAGUUGGAGAUGGUCAAAAAAUCCAAAAAUAAUUUUGUAAAAAAAUUCAAAAUGUUGAUCUUGUUUUUGUUUUGAUGUGCUCAGAAUGAAACUAUUACUCAUUCUUUGUAAAAUAUUCAUCAUUUUGAAAAAUGGUUAUCUAAAAUUUUCAUGUUCUGAAAAGUUAUUUUAAGAAAGAACAUUCUAUAACCAUUCUGACAACACACGACAUUUUCUUAAAAAAUUAAAGCAGCACAGCCUUUUUCAUAAAACAAAAUUGACAACUGACAUUUUUUCACAAAAGAAAAUCAUUUUUGAAAAAGGCCAUCAUUGCAUGAAGAGUUUUGUCUGAAAAAUUUCAGCCAACUGUAUUCACAAUACAAUCCAAGAAUUACGUGCUGAAAUUAUUUUCUGAAUAAUUUCAGCAAAAAGAAUUCAAAAAUAUUGCUGCAUGUUCACAGUUUGCAAACUGAAAGAGGCAAAAUUCAUCAUAAAAGUUAUAGCUAUGGAUUAUUCAGCAAUCGCUGGUGUCCAGUGUUGUGUAAGUGCAGAAGGAUAGUUAGUCCAUAUGUCAUUCAGGAUAUCCAUGGAGAAGCAGUAUGAAAUUAUUGAUUCAUUGUUCAAGUGAAAUCUCUGACAUAAUUUUGUCUUUAAUCUUAUCUGUUAAUAUCAUGCCAUAGGUGUACAUAGCACUUUAUAAACAAGUGAGCGAGCAUUCCUCCAGCAAGGAGCUUACACACUAGUGAAAAAUCCUGCUAACCUCAUUCACAUACCAGUAUUAUUGAUUUCACGGGAACUGCUUGUAUAAAUCAGGUGAGGAGGAUUUGGCCUUUAAACCACACCAUAUAGUGCAGUGAAUGAAAACAAUGGGCAUGGAGCUUUACUUCAGAGUUAGAAGUGAAGCUAUACAGUAGUUAGCCCAAAAGUUGCCGCUAAUUUAUAACUACAGUAGCAUGUAUAUCUUUAGAUAAAAAUCCAGAAAUGUUCCUAUGUACGCUGAAUUUACUACAAUGAAAUCAAGAUAUAUCCUUCUCAGCUGCCCUUGAUAAAGCUAUUCUUGCUUCCUGCCAAACUCAGAUAUCUAAGAAAACAAAGUUCAACUGUUUGCACGUAUGCAUUUUAUACACAGAGAGAGACAUACACACACAGAGAAUUUCAUCCUUUCACACACAAGCCCAACUAUGUACCGGUAACUAAAUGGAGGGUGAAAGAUGGAAUUCACUCCCAGCUCAUGGGUAAACCACAGACUGCAAUGCAGUCUCUCCAUGGACACUUACUGUAACUGUUCCAACCAAUAAGCUGGAAUAGCCUCUGCUGUAUCAUCGCAUAUACUGUAUGGGGGUAUUGGGCCCUGGAUCCAAAAACUCAUGAAUCCUGUGACCUUACCUCCAGCCAUUCACACUCUGCUGAACCUAUUUGGGGGCAGCAGAGAGACCACCCCUCUUUGGCCAUGAGGGUCACAGGGCUCCUAUUCCCCUCAUCACAGGGCUUGAGCUUGGAGGGCCUUGAAUUUCCUCCUUUAUGAGCAAACUGCCUCAGACAGCGUAAAAAUUGCUUUAAUGAUUAGCAAGUACGUCUUGAAAAUAUUAUUUCCUGGUGUUUAUAAAUAAAUAGCUUUUUGACAGAAAUGUAAAUAUUCAUCAUGGAACUCGUACAUAUAUUUUGAAGGCAUUUUCUUCUAUAUUCAGCUGUAUAUAUGUAGAGUCUGCUUGCGAUGUAAUAUUCUGUUAUGCAUGGAGCUGGGUUAGGCAUUAUGUUUGUCCAGUGCUUCAAGAGCCUUAAGCAUGUGUACCCUAAUUUUUGAAUAUACUAGACUUUUUUAUGUAGGUGAAAUAAAACAUGAACUAAUUUUCUAUUUUUAUUAAUUUUCUGAUACUGUACUUCACUAGCUUUUUACGACCAUGAUAUGGGUUUAGUAAUGAGAUAAGAUCAAGUGUAAGUAGUCUCUUGGCCUAUCCAAGGUCGUGAUCAAGAGUCUUGAUGUUUUUGGUCUUUUGGCUUCGAGAUGAAAACCUUGUCUGUAUCUCUGGAACCUUGAAGUAAAAAUAUUAUCUAUGUUAUAUUUUCUCAUCACUCAAAAAAUGAAUAUGCAAGCCACAUCUGGAAAGGGAUAUGUAUGGUCCUAAAACCGGCACACUGUCCCUCUAACCCAAAAGUAUUUGUGUUGGACUGAAUAAGGUUAAAUAGCAACAAGCAAUGUUUGCAUUGGGCCUUCUUUAAUCAAAACAAAUAUUUGCAUUAAAGGUCAUUUUGUUUUGUUAAGAACAGGGCAAAUGACAAUUUAAGAGUGCUGGAUUUUAAAAUCAUUUAAAUCAAAAUAUGAACACAGUCAUAUUUAGUUUUGAUUGAAUUGUAGCUGAACAAAGCACAUGGUACUAAGAAGCUGGGGGCGGGAGGGAGGAGAGGGGUGCAGGGAAGGGGGAAAUGUCUCUUUUGGAGGAAUUUUUCACUGUAGCUUUUCCUGUCAGCUGACUUGGGAAUACUUCAGUGAGUAUUCAAGAUUCAUUUUCCAUCUUUCCUAAUAUUUAAAUUCAGUGCAGAUAUUGAUUCUUUAUGGGGAUUUUUUUAAAGCAUAGAAGGCAAGGGCAAUUUCUAAAUGAAGGAAGUAAUUAAUUAGAAAAGCGUGUUGAUAGCAACUGAACUUUAAGUGUAUCAUUAUAUAUGAAUGGCUGUACUUAUGUAUUUAUUUGUCAAAAUUGUAUAUAUUGUUUUAUCUACUGUAAGUGUCUGUAAAAGUGAAUUCUUUCAAAGUAUUAUUUAGGGUUUUGUGGGGUUGCCAGUCAAGCUGCUAAUCAAGAUACUAUUUUUUGUAUAAAUGUCAAAUUAAAAAAAAGGAACAAACAAAUGAAAAACUGACAGUAUCAACGUAUAGUUCGUAUCUUCACCUCUCUCCUUCUCAACAUGUAAACUAUUAUCAGAAAGCACGAUGCUAACAUAUAGGCAUAUCUGCCAUGAGAAAGAGCAUUGUUCUGUAAAAGAUGAUUUUUUUAAACAUUGGGAAAAAUAAACAA